AUGAACAGGAGCCGUCCAAGAUCAAGAGAAGAUCAACAUAUAUACUACGUCGAAGCCGCUCUGUCGGGACAAGGACAGCAUCUGGCAAACCAGGCCCAGCAUCUCGUUGAUUCAAUCCCAGCCGAGCGCGGGAUGGCUCCACCGCCCCCUCCCUUUCCGGGGACUGGUUUCAAUGCAGAAUUGUUUGCCAACUCGUCUGAAUUCGCAGUGGACAACACUAUACACUUGGACUGGGAGAAUAUUGACCGCAAGUCUACCGGAACUUCUGUCAUUGACAUCAGCUCGGUGUACGAUGACUCGGGCCGAUCAUUCCAUGGAUACAAGUCUGGCAAGUAUUUCUUCCCUAAUGAUCCAACGGAGCAAGACCGGCUGGACCUGCAGCAUGCCGGUCUCCUCCUGUUGCUGAACGGCAAACUAGGCAAUGCUCCCGUCAAAGACCCCAAAUUCGUUUUGGACCUGGCGACAGGAACUGGCAUCUGGGCCAUGGAAUACGCCCAGCAACACCCCGACGCGCAGGUCAUCGGGACCGACCUCAGCGACAUCCAACCAAAGUUCCAGCUGCCCAACUGUUCAUUCAUGGUAGACGAUGCCGAGGAUGAAUGGCUGUUCGGGUCUUCCGACGAGCCCAUCAAGUUCGACUAUAUUCACCUUCGCUUUGUGUUUAGCUGCUUCGACGAACCACGCAAAGUCGUGAGCCAGGCUUUCAAGAACUUGCAGCCAGGAGGCUGGAUGGAGUAUCUCGAGUCUUCGAUGGAGUUCCAUAGUAUCGACAACAACAUCGAGGGAACCGCACUCAAGCAAUGGGCAGAAUUAUCAUACCAGGGAUUGGCGAAAAAGGGCCGGGAUGCUAGGGUUGCAAAGAAUUACGCACAAUGGAUGCGGGAUGAGGGAUUCGUUGAUGUCCAUGAGGAGAUUCUCAUCUGUCCCGGUAACCACUGGCCUGAAGACCGCAGGCUGAAACGCUGUGGGAGAUACAUGCUAGCCAAUUGUCACCAAGGAUUCCGUGGCAACGCGUGGAAGCUGUUUAAAGAGUGUGGUCUUGCGUCGGACGAGAUCGAGACGCUCGUGUCGGAUGCGAAGAACGACGCGGCUAACCGAAAAUAUCGCUGGUUCUGGCCUGUAUACGUAGUAUAUGGCAGGAGGCCUUUCGAAUGGGAAGUCGCCACUUCAUCCACUGGCUCCCAAACUGAGACUAUGAUGAGCAACAUACAUUACUCUUAG